GUUAUGAAAUGUGCACACAGGAGGCUUUCCAAACUCAGAGGAGCCAGCUGGUGGGGCUCCUGGUCUCGGGGUCCCUGGAGGGCUUCGAGAGCAUCCUGGACUGGCUGCUUUCCUGGGAAGUCCUCUCCUGGGAAGACUACGAGGGCCUCAGCCUCCUGGGGCAGCCCCUCUCCUACUUGGCCAGGCGCCUCCUGGACACCGUCUGGAAUAAGGGCACUUGGGGCUGUGAACAGCUGGUCGCAGCUGUCCGGGAGGCCCAGACUGACUGCCAGGCUCUAGAGCUUUCCAGCUGCUGGGACCCCCACUCGCCCCACCCAGCCCGUGACCUGCAGAGUCACCGGCCAGCCAUCGUCAGGAGACUCUACAGCCACGUGGAGGAUGUGCUGAAUCUGGCGUGGGAGCAGGGUUUCAUCAGCCAGUACGAACGUGAUGAAAUCAGGUUGCCCAUCUUCACAUCCUCCCAGCGGGCAAGGAGGCUCCUCGAUCUUGCCACAGUGAAGGCAAAUGGGUUGGCUGCCUUCCUUCUACGACAUGUUCAGGAAUUGCCAGUCCCGUUGGCCAUGCCUUCUGAAGAUGCCGCAUGUAAGAAGUACAUGUCCAAGCUGAGGACCACGAUAUCUUCUCAGUCUCGCUUUCUGAGCACCUAUGAUGGGGCAGAGAAUCUUUGCCUGGAGGAAAUAUAUACAGAGAAUGUUCUGGAGAUCCGAACAGAAAUGGGUCUGGCCAGGUCCCCGCAGAAGAGCCCUGCUACCCUAAGCCUGGAGGAACUCUUCAGUACCUGUGGCCACCUCAAUGAAGAUGCAGACACUGUGCUGGUGGUGGGUGAGGCGGGCAGUGGUAAGAGCACAUUGCUGCAGCGAAUGCACCUGCUGUGGGCUUCAGGGCGCGACUUCCAGGAAUUUCUCUUUGUCUUCCCAUUCAGCUGUCGGCAGCUGCAGUGCGUGGCAAAGCCGCUCUCUGUGCAGAUGCUGCUCUUUGAACACUGCUGUUGGCCUGACUUUGGCCAACAGGAAGUCUUUCAGUUCCUCCUUGACCACCCCAACCGUGUCCUCUUAACCUUCGAUGGCUUUGAUGAGUUCAGGUUCAGGUUCUCAGAUCAUGAGCGUCACUGCUCUCCGACCGACCCCACAUCUGUCCAGAAUCUGCUGUUCAACCUUCUGCAGGGCAACUUGCUAAAGAAUGCCCGCAAGGUGUUGACCAGCCGUCCUGAUGCAGUGUCGGCAUUACUCAGGAAGUACCUGCGCUUGGAAAUCAACCUGAAGGGCUUCUCAGAAGAGGGCAUUGAGCUGUACCUGAGGAAGUGCCACCGUGAGCCAGGGGUGGCCGACCGCCUCAUCCGCCUGCUCAAAACGACCUCAGCCCUGCAUGGUUUGUGCCACCUUCCUGUUGUCUCAUGGAUGGUGUCCAAAUGCCACCAGGAGCUGUUGUUGCAUGGCGGGGGGUCCCCAAAGACCUCCACGGACAUGUACCUGCUGAUCCUGCAGCAUUUUCUGCUGCAUGCCUCCCCGCCAGACUCUGUCCCCCACAGUCUGGGAUCCCGCUUGCUUCGAGGCAGGCUCCCCACCCUCCUGCACCUGGGCCGGCUGGCUCUCUGGGGUCUGGGCAUGUGCUGCUACGUGUUCUCCGCCAAGCAGCUCCAGGCAGCACACAUUGAUGAUGAGGACAUUUCUCUUGGCUUCCUGGUGCAUGCCAAGAGCGUGGGGCCUGGGAGCACCACCCCCCUGGAAUUCCUGCACAUCACCUUCCAGUGUUUUUUUGCAGCCCUGUACCUUGUGCUCAGCACUGACGUGUCACCGUCCUUGCUUAGACAACUCUUCAUUUGUCAUGGGCCGCGCAGCUCGCUGCUGGCCAGGCUUCUGCCCACAACGUGCGUGCCGCGCUCAGAGCACAAGGAGGGCAGCUUGGCAGCUUUGCUGCAGGAGGCUGAGCCGCACAACCUCCAGAUCACGGCAGCCUUCCUGGCGGGGCUGCUGUCCCGGGAGCACCGGGGCCUGCUGGCUGAGUGCCAGGCCAAUGAGGAGGCCCUGCUGCGGCUCCAGGGCCGGGCCCAGGGCUGUCUGUCCCGCAGCCUCCACCAGCACUUCCGCUCCAUCCCACCAGCUGUGCCAGGGGAGGCCAAGAGCAUGCAUGCCAUGCCUGGCUUCCUCUGGCUCAUCCGGAGCCUGUACGAGAUGCAGGAGGAGCGGCUGGCCCGGGAGGCGGUGCGUGGGCUAACGGUGGGGCACCUGAAGCUGACGUUCUGCGGCGUGGGCCCCCCCGAGUGCGCUGCCCUGGCCUUUGUGCUGCGGCACCUCCGGCGGCCUGUGGCCCUGCAGCUGGACCACAACUCUGUUGGUGACAUUGGCGUGGAGCAGCUGCUGCCGUGCCUCAGUGUCUGCAAGGCUCUUUACUUGCGAGAUAACAAUAUCUCAGACCGAGGCAUCUGUAAGCUCAUCGAGCAUGCUCUGCACUGCGAGCAGCUGCAGAAGUUAGCGCUGUUCAACAACAAAUUGACCGAUGGCUGUGCACACUCCAUGGCGAGGCUCCUUGCAUGCAAGCAGAACUUCCUGGCUUUGAGGCUGGGGAAUAACCGUAUCACUGCCGCAGGAGCCCAGGCGCUGGCCGAGGGGCUCAGAGCCAACACCUCCUUGCAGUUCUUGGGGUUCUGGGGCAACAAGGUGGGUGAUGAGGGGGCCCAGGCCUUGGCUGAAGCCUUGGGUGAUCACCAGAGCUUGAGGUGGCUCAGCCUGGUGGGAAACGACAUUGGCAGUGUCGGGGCUCGAGCCUUAGCAUUAAUGUUGGAAAAGAACGUGGCACUGGAAGAACUCUGCCUGGAGGAGAACCAUCUCCAGGAUGAAGGUGUGUGUUCUCUGGCCAAAGGACUUGAGAGGAAUUCAAGUUUGAAAGUUCUGAAGCUGUCCAACAACUGCAUCACCUACCUUGGGGCAGAAGGCCUCCUGCAGGCCCUGGAAAAGAAUGAUACCAUCCUGGAAGUCUGGCUCCGAGGCAACACUUUCUCCUUGGAGGAAAUGGAGAGGCUCAGCCAGAAGGACACCAGACUGUUGCUCUGAAGCCGGGGGGCCAGCAUUUAUCUCAGUUUGUUUGCGAACAGGCUGUGGGUGUGGGUCCUAGAAGCUGGAUUACAUCUGGCAGCAGCCCAUUAACGCAGAGCUGCAUCCUGCCCAGGGCAGGGCUGGCACAGUGGGUCAUCUUUGUUCUGGCAGAAGAAGGAGCGAAGGAGCGACAGUGCCCCUCAGAGUGAACAUUUCUGCAGCCUACUUCUGCAUCCAGUUGUUCCCAAGAUUCCGUCCAUGGAAUGCAGAAGAGGGCCAGCUCCUCUCCACCUGCAGCUGGUCUGACUUGGGUCAGUGGGGCCCAUGGGUGUUACUGCAUCACUGUGUGCCUGUUGCUGUAGAGACCUAGAUCCAUAUGAGAGGCCCCUUUCCACCUGCUUCACAAUGAGGAGAGGGAGUCAGGAAGCAGCUUUCUGCUGUCUUAACUCGUGGGUCGUCAUCUAUCCAGGCCGUUCCCCACCUCUUGUCCCUCCACCCAUCCUGGACCCCUGCACCUGGCACUUCCUUUGUGAGUAAGGAUUCAGAAUGCCGGUGUCGUCAGCUUUGAUAUUUUGAGCCUCCCUCUACCACACCCCUACCCCCACCCCUACACCUGCGCAGAGUGGGAAGGGCUCUAAUUUACCUGCCAUCCUUCCUAAUACUUAAGACAUUAUUGAAAGGGGACACAUGACAGCCAUUUGUUCCCCAAGACAUUUUGGAUUGUCAAGAAAAAUAAGACCAUGCUACAGCUGAUAUCACACACACACACACACACACACACACACACACACACUUCCAUUUCCAGUGAAGUCAAUUAGUCUUCAUUCAGUUAAGCCUUUGGAAACUACUCCCCACCAGAAUGCAGUUUUUAGGAUCAGUCUGGGCCAGAGUUUUGAGCAGUCCCACCAGGUCUCCUGUUGAUGCCUGGGAGCUGGAUUCUGACAGCCGACUUCCAAAAGACAUGCAUAAGAGACGGUCCAGUGUUAUGUGACUUAAAGUUAUGGAUUAAACGUUUACAGGGGCAAAAUCAAAGCCUUUUCCUUACAAGGCACAUGUUUUUCUGGAUUUUCUCCAAAUGAUGCGUGAGGCUUCAACCUCUGUAAACUCAGGUGCUCUGCAAGUGUUAUUAUUUAAACACUAUUGUUUGGGAUAACUGGUUAAUAUUUAUAAACCGCUUUGUUAUAUUCACUCUGUUUUUUUUUUUUUUUUGUAAAAAACACAACCAUGAAUGUUAUGCUGUAAAUAGUCACAGAGAAGAAAUCUGUGGAGUCCCCAAAGCUGUCUUCAUUGUGACCAAACAUUAAAAAACAAAACAAAACAAAACAAAA